CGGCGGCGGCGGGCGCGCGGGGCGAUGCGGGCGCGGGGCCGGGGGCGCCUGCCCCGGCGGCUGCUGCUGCUGCUGGCGCUCUGCGUGCAGGCGGCGCGGCCCCUGGGCUAUUUCGAGCUGCAGCUGAGCGCGCUGCGGAACGCCAACGGGGAGCUGCUGAGCGGCGCCUGCUGCGACGGCGACGGCCGCACGACGCGCGCGGGGGGCUGCGGCCGCGACGAGUGCGACACGUACGUGCGCGUGUGCCUGAAGGAGUACCAGACCAAGGUGACGCCCACGGGGCCCUGCAGCUACGGCCACGGCGCCACGCCCGUGCUGGGCGGCAACACCAUCUACCUGCGGCCGGACGGCGCGGCGGGCGAGCGGGCGCGCGCGCGGGCCCGGCCGGGCGGCGCCCCGGACCCGGGCCUCGUCGUCAUCCCCUUCCAGUUCGCCUGGCCGCGCUCCUUCACGCUCAUCGUGGAGGCCUGGGACUGGGACAACAGCAGCACGCCCGACGAGGAGCGGCUCAUCGAGCGCGUGUCCCACGCGGGCAUGAUCAACCCCGAGGACCGCUGGAAGAGCCUCCGCUUCAGCGGCCACGUGGCGCACCUGGAGCUCAGCAUCCGCGUGCGCUGCGGCGAGAACUACUACAGCGCCGCCUGCAACAAGUUCUGCCGGCCGCGCCACGACUUCUUCGGCCACUACACCUGCGACCAGUACGGGAACAAGGCCUGCCUGGACGGCUGGAUGGGCAAGGAGUGCGAGCAUGCUGUGUGCAAGCAGGGCUGCAGCCUGCUCCACGGGAGCUGCGCCGUGCCCGGGGAGUGCAGGUGCAGCUACGGCUGGCAGGGGCGGCUCUGUGACGAGUGUGUCCCGUACCCUGGCUGCGUGCACGGCAGCUGCGUGGAGCCUUGGCAGUGCAACUGUGAGACCAACUGGGGCGGCCUGCUCUGCAACAAAGACCUGAAUUACUGUGGGAACCAUCGCCCCUGCAUCAACGGGGGCACGUGCAUCAACGCCGAGCCCGACCAGUACCGCUGCGCGUGCCCUGAUGGCUACUCGGGCAAGAACUGUGAGCGUGCUGAGCAUGCCUGUGCCUCCAACCCCUGUGCCAACGGCGGCUCCUGCCACGAGGUGCCCUCGGGCUUCGAGUGCCACUGCCCGUCGGGCUGGAGCGGACCCACCUGCGCGCUCGAUAUCGACGAGUGCGCCUCCAACCCGUGCGCCGCGGGGGGCACCUGCGUGGACCAGGUGGACGGCUUCGAGUGCCUGUGCCCGGAGCAGUGGGCCGGGAGCACCUGCCAGCUGGACGCCAAUGAGUGUGAAGGGCGGCCGUGCCUUAAUGCUUUUUCUUGCAAAAACCUGAUUGGUGGCUAUUACUGUGAUUGCCUCCCGGGCUGGAAGGGCGCCAACUGCCAUAUCAACAUCGACGACUGUCGCGGGCAGUGCCAGCACGGCGGGACCUGCAAGGACCUGGUGGACGGCUACCAGUGUGCGUGUCCGCGGGGCUUCGGUGGCCGGCACUGUGAGCUGGAGGUGGACCCGUGUGCCAGCAGCCCCUGCCUCGCCGGGGGCCUCUGCGAGGGCGUGGCGGGGGGCUUCCGCUGCCACUGCCCCAAGGGCUUCUCGGGGCUGCUCUGUGAGGUGGACAUCGACUUCUGCGAUCCCAGCCCCUGCCAGAACGGCGCGCACUGCUACGACCUGGAGAGCGACUACUACUGCGCGUGCCCCGAGCACGUGGGCGGCAAGAACUGCUCGGUGCCCCGCGAGCCGUGCCCGGGCGGGGCCUGUGAAGUGAUCGACAGCUGCAGCUUCCAGGCGGGGCCCCGAGGGGCCGGCGCUCUGCCCUCUGGCUUGUGCGGCCCUCACGGACGCUGUGUCAGCCUUCCCAGGGGCAACUUCUCGUGCAUCUGCGACAGUGGCUUCACGGGCACGUACUGCCAUGAGAACAUUGACGACUGCCUGGGCCAGCCUUGUCGAAACGGCGGGACGUGCAUCGACGAGGUGGACGCCUUCCGGUGCUUCUGCCCCAGCGGCUGGGAGGGCGAGCUGUGUGACACCAAUCCCAACGACUGCCUCCCUGAUCCCUGCCACAGCCGCGGCCGCUGCUACGACCUCGUCAACGACUUCUACUGUGCCUGCUCCGAGGGCUGGAAGGGCAAGACCUGCCACUCCCGUGAAUUCCAGUGCGACGCCUACACCUGCGCCAAUGGCGGCACCUGCUAUGACAGCGGUGACACCUUCCGUUGUGCCUGCACCCCUGGCUGGGAGGGCAGCACAUGCAGUGUGGCCCAGAACAGCAGCUGCCUGCCUGACCCGUGUGAGAAUGGGGGCACGUGUGUGGGCAGCGGCGAUUCCUUCUCCUGCAUCUGCCGAGACGGCUGGGAGGGCCGUACCUGCACGCACAACACCAAUGACUGCAGCCCCCUGCCUUGCUACAACGGCGGCGUCUGCGUGGACGGCGUGAACUGGUUCCGCUGCGAGUGUGCGGCCGGCUUCGCGGGUCCCGACUGCCGCAUCAACAUCGACGAGUGCCUGUCCUCGCCCUGUGCUUAUGGGGCCACCUGCGUGGACGAGAUCAACGGCUAUCGCUGCAGCUGCCCGCCGGGACGCUCAGGCCCACGGUGCCAGGACGUGGUGGUGUUCGGGAGGUCUUGCUGGUCACAGGGCGUGCCCUUCCCUCACGGGAGCGCCUGGCUGGAGGACUGUAACAGCUGCCGCUGCCUGGACGGCCGCCGGGACUGCAGCAAGGUGUGGUGUGGCCGGAAGCCUUGCCUGCUGGCCGGGCGGCCCGACGCCCUCAGUGCCCAGUGCCCUCCCGGGCAGCAGUGCCUGCAGAGGGCGCCGGGCCAGUGCCUGCAGCCGCCCUGCGCGGCCUGGGGCGAGUGCGGGGCGCAGGAGCCCCUGCUGCCCCGCACCCCGUGUCUGCCGCGCUCCGGCCACCUGGACAACAACUGUGCCCGCCUGACGCUGCGCUUCGACCACAGCCAGGUGCCCCAGGGCACCACUGUGGGCGCCAUCUGCUCGGGCAUCCGGGCUCUGCCCGCGGCCAGGGCCGUGGCCCGGGACCGCCUGCUCGUGCUGCUCUGUGACAGGCCGGCGUCGGGGGCCAGCGCCGUGGAGGUGGCCAUGUCCUUCAGCCCAGCGUGGGACCUGCCGGACAGCAGCCUCAUCCAGAGCGCAGCGCACGCCAUCGUGGCCGCCGUCACGCAGCGCGGGAACAGCUCCGUGCUGCUGGCCGUCACCGAGGUCAAGGUGGAGACGGUGGUGAUGGGCGGCUCGUCCAGGGUGCUGGUGCCCGCGCUGUGUGGCGUGUUCAGUGUGCUGUGCCUGGCGUGCGUGGCCGUCUGCGUGUGGUGGACCCGCAAGCGCAGGAAAGAGCGGGAGAGGAGGCGGCUGGCCCCCGAGGACGGCGCCAACAACCAGUGGGCCCCACUGAACCCCAUCCGCAACCCCAUCGGGCCGGGCAGCUCCUCCGGUGCAGGCGCCCGCAAGGCCGUGCUGUACCCCUGCAAGAGCUUCCCACCAGCGCCGCACCGGGCAGGCCCCGCAGAGGACGAGGACGACGAUUCCGGCCGGGGGCCGGCCUGCCCGGAGGUGGAGAAGUUCCUCCCGCACAAAUGCACCAAAGAGCCCGGCUGCUCGCCUGGGAGAACCGCCCGCUGGGCCCCGGGCCCCAAAGUGGACAACCGUGCGGUCAGGAGCGGCCGCGAGUAGGAUGGGGGCAGGACUCUGGCCGGGGGGCGCCCGGCACCCCCGGCCCCCGGGAGGCCGAGGUCGUGUGCAAAGUUUCUUUAUUUUGUGUAAAAAACACCAAAAACAAAAAACAAAUGUUUAUUUUCUACGUUUCUUUUACCUUGUAUAAAUUAUUUGAUAACUGUCAGCGGAAAACAACGGAGUAUUCUCGGAUAGUUGCUAUUUUUGUAAAGCUUCUGCGUGUCGCGCUGUGGCUGCAGGCGGCAGGGGCCGCCUCGCAGCCCGGGGCAGACGCUCUUCCCAGAGGCUGUGCACUGUUUACAGAAUCUUCCUUUGAUUCCUCACCUGGGGGUCUCUCGACUCCAGGCCAAAGAGCCAGUGGGCCCGGGCGGAAGUGUGGCCCGUGGCAGACUGUGACCCGUGGCAGACGGUGGCCGUGGCCCAGCGAGGCCCGUGGCAGAUGG